UCCGGGGUCCCCCAUUCCUUCCCGCUCGCCUCUGAGGCCCGGGGCCAGCCCCGGUUCUUGUGUCUGAAGUCGUGGGGCUGGCGACGGCUGCUCUUUUCGGUCGGUCAUCGGCCCAAUGGAAGAGCCUCCCGGGAAGCCCCUCAGCUUUGAGGAGAAGGAAAAGUUGAAGGAAAAAUUAGCAUUCUUAAAAAGAGAAUACAGCAAGACAUUGGCUCGACUUCAGCGUGCACAAAGAGCUGAGAAGGUUAAGAAUUCUAUCAAGAAAACAGUGGAAGAGCAAGAUUGCUUGCUCCAGCAGUCGAUUUCACCACAGCUCAACCACUCAGAACCUAAAAAUAAAACAUCUCCUUGUGAUAUAUUACAAAUAAAUGGCUAUCUCGAUGAAGAAACUGGAGAGAAGAAGACACCUCUCACACUUGACAUUGAGUGUGGCUCCCUUAGCCCUGGGGAUGAUCCAGAGGAAAGGUUACAUUUACUAAGAGCAGAUGUCCUCCAUAGAGUCCCUGGCUCUGAUGGUGAGAAAAGGCAGAAUCAGCUGACAGGAAGAAAAAAUAAGCAGCAGAAGAGAACAUUUGCUUCACAGGAAAGAGAAUCUUUCUUAGACAUGGAUAUACUCAUGCUCUCUAGGAAAAGGCUAAAGGAACAGGAAGAGAUCAACAGAGACUAUCCUAGCACACCUGUAAGUGAAAGCCCUAAAUCUGACAUUCCAGAUUCUCCAGUAGUGCUUACAGAAACUUAUGAAGAGAGUGAAUUAAUUCCACCAACUGCCAAUCCACAAAGAAAUGUUGAUGUACAUUUACGAGAAAAUCAUUUUUCUGUGUUGACUCCAGUUCCUUUGCAUACCCCAUCAGGUACCGGUAGUCAUCAACACCUAGAUCAUAACCCCCCUGAAGGUAACCCUGAACUCAGUGCUCACAGUUUAAAAAACAUUGGCCCUGCUUCACCUGUACACUUAGGGACGCAAGACAAAAGAGUGACUAUCUUUACCAAUACUCCAGAAGUAAAUAAAGCUGUAAAUACAGGUGACCAGUUGCCUGUAAGUCCUAAAUUAGAGGCACAUAAUUCAUCUAUAGAUGAACUCACUUACAAAGACUUACUGGCCCAUGAAAACCAAAGAUUAAAAGAAGAAAAUCACACAGAGAAGUCUUUUGAAUCUCUUGAUGCUAGCAAUGAAAGUCUUCAGGAAAGUGAACGUCUAAGUCAGUCUCAGAGUGUUAGCCUGGAAGUAAUCUCUCCUGUUUCUGCAGAAGGUCAGAUACAUUCUUGCACAAUGCUGGAAGGCCUUCUGUUUCCUGCAGAAUAUUAUGUUAGGACAACUCGCCACAUGUCAAAUUGCCAGAGGAAAGUAGCCCUGGAAGCUGUAAUUCAAAAUCAUUUGGGUGGCAGAAAGAAAGGGUCUAAAAAUAAAAAUAAGGAAACAAAUAAAAAUGUAAACCCUUCCAAUGAAGAAAAGGACCAAAGUGAAAUUAGAACGUCUAACACAUGUACAGAACUAUCAAGUUCAAGAAGUCCAUUUCUGAAACUUUUUUCAUUAACUGGAAUUAACUCUUCCUCUGGAACCACUCACCAUGACUUUUCAAGGAAGGUGGUUACCCAGCCAUCUGCUAGAAGACACAGAGGGAAAAGGAAGUCAGUCUGCACCCCGGUAUUAGAUUGUCAUGAACUGCUCCUGUCAACUUCUGGCACAGCAGGUGUUUGUAGGACCAAGGAACAAGUCUCCUUGCACAAAGAACAGAAUCAAAAACCAAUUAUUCAUGACAAGAAGAGAAUUAAAGAUUUUCAGUUACCUGAUGAAGACUUUGGAUCUCUUAAGCUCGAAAAACUGAAGUCCUGCCCAGAAAGGCUGCUUGAGCCUUUUGGAUCAAAACUGUACCAAGAGAGACAUCUUAAAGAGAGAAGCUGUGUGGAUUCAGAGGAAUUCACUCCUAAACAAACAGAUACAGAAAUGGAGGACUUGGAAGAAGAACUUGCUGUUCUACCAAGAAAAGCACAUCUUAAAAUGCCGAGCUUCAAAAGCAAGCCUCGAGAUAAGGGCCUUUCUUCAUCCAUGUUACUUUUCACUCCUGUAAAUACUGUUGCAGCCGAUGAUGAGGGCAGACCCACAGCAGACAUGUGUUCGCCUGCUUUCCCCAUCUUGGGCCCUACUCCAGCUUUUGGUUCCCAAGCACAGGGUGGAAAAGCAUCGGCAGAGGUUGGAAAAACUUGCUCCCAGCUCUCCCACUUGAAAGUCACAGUCAGUCAUGAUGGAAAACAAUGCACCCGUUGGGCCAGCCCGCCGAAAUCAGAUAACCUGCCUGUUUUGGGUGGGGGAGGACAGCCUGCUGGUGACUGUGAUUCUGGUCCUCAAGUGACACCUCUUCCCACGGACUCAUUAGCUUUCAGAGAAAAUCAGCUACAUGGAGAUACAUGCCUGGAGUCACAGAAACAGUCUAUUGAACAGACUGAAAUAACAGACCUUCCUGCCUGUGAUAGCUUAAACCCAGGCAACCUACAAUUGGUUUCAAAGUUAAAGAAUCCUUCAGGCUCCUGUUCUGUGGAUGUGAGUGCUGUGUGGUGGGAAGUAGCCGGCUUCAAAGAACCGUGCAUUAUAACUGCUUGCGAAGAUGUAGUUUCUCUUUGGAAACCUCUGUGUGCUUGGCAAUGGGAAAAGAUUUAUUCUUGGCACUUCACAGAGGUUCCAGUGUUACAGAUAGUUCCAGUGCCUGAUGUUUGUAGCCUUGUGUGUGUGGCUUUGGGGAAUUUGGAAAUCAGAGAAAUCAGGACAUUACUUUGUUCCUCUGAUGGUAAAAGUGAAAAGCAAGUACUACUGAGUUCUGGAAAUAUAAAAGCUGUGCUAGGCCUGAGCAAGAGGAGACUAGUGAGUAGCAGCGGGGCCCUCUGUGAUCAGCAGAUAGAACUCGUGGCGCUGGCCGCAGAUGGCGGUAGCAAGGAAAAGCAAUUUUUGAUGCCCCCUGAAGAAACCGUUCUAACCUUUGCUGAAGUUCAAGGAAUGCAGGAUGCUCUGCUUGGUAGCACUGUAAUGAACAAUGUCGUGAUUUGGAACUUAAAAACUGGUCAGCUCCUGAAAAAGAUGCACCUUGGCGACUCCUUCCACGCUGCAGUCUGUCACAGAGCCUAUUCUGAGAUGGGGCUCCUGUUUGUGGUUCUGAGUCAUCCUUGUGCUAAAGAGACAGAGCCUUUGGGAAGCCCUGUGUUUCAGCUGAUCGUGAUCAACCCCAAGACUGCCCUGAGCAUGGGGGUGCUGCUCUACUGCCUCCCUCAGGGGCAGGCUGGAAGGUUCCUGGAAGGUGACGUGAAAGAUCAUUUUGCAGCAGCAGUACUGACUUCUGGAACAAUUGCCAUUUGGGACUUACUUCUAGGGCGCUGUGCUGCUCUCCUUCCACCGACCUCUGGCCAAAGUUGGUCUUUUGUUAAAUGGUCAGGUACAGAUUCUCAUUUGUUGGCUGGACGAAAAGAUGGAAGUAUAUUUGUAUAUCGCUACUAAGAAGUUGGAAAGUGGAAAGCAUGUGUUCUGGUUCUACAUGACCACUUGGUACUUCUUGGCACUGUAACCAUAGGAGAGAUUCUGAAUGACACUUAUUCAUUCAGACAGACUUAUUUUUUAUUUUGGCAAUGGUGUACUACUGAUCUUGAAUGUUCACUUAUACUUUGGGGGAAUGGAUUUUAGGUUGAUUUUUA